AUGGCCAGCAGCGGUUCUUCCCAACUACCACCACCAUCUCCUACUCGUCCGAUGCCCCGCAGACGUUCGCUGCGUCUUCCUGUCCAGCCACUCGAGAUCCCAGUACCGCCCACUCUCCGCCACUCCCCUUAUCUCAACUCUCCCAUAUUCCAAGGCGAGCUAACUUCACCCAGGCUGCCCAGCGAAGCAGCCGAGAGGUGGUUGCAAGACACCGUUCCACAAAAAUUUGCUUCUGCGACAGAGGGUGGAUCCCCACAGACCGCCAGAUGCAAUAUGGAUCGUAGGGGGAGCAUUGUGCAAUUGUCCAGACGCGCCUACCACAAAGUCGACGUGGACUGGCCGACGAGAUCGUCGCAACCUGGCCUGGGAUCCCCACAAUCCCCUGCCCCCUUGACACACAGUCGCAGCAAGUCCCAGACCACAGCAAAAUAUCUCUCUCACUCGCUUGCGCCACCGCCGGCGUCCCCCCCACCACUUUGGACGUUCUCGCCAAAUCUUCAAGAGUGCUCGCAAGCGAACAGACUAGCGCGCCUUCCUAAAACCCAAUCCGACCCCAAUAUCCCGCGUAACUUAAACACGAACGCUUCAAGAUGGCAGGAAGACCAGGGCUAUUUCUCCCAUGUGCCUUCCACGCGUUAA